AUGCUAGAUUAAUGUUAGUAUUUCACAUCUGAUUACUCAUAUCAAUUCUUAUGCCAUAGAAUAGAGAAGCGAAUCUAUCCAGCGAAUUACAAAGCUAAAAAUAGAUUAUUAAAUUCAUUUUUGGGAAAGAUUCAAAUAAAGCCUAUGCCUUUUGAAAUUGUCUCUAUCACAAAUAUGACUAACGUAAGCAAGCAUAUUGCUGAAAGUGAAAUAAUCUAUGAAAAUGCUAAGACUGUGGAUGAUUAAGAAAAGACUUAAGUUCCACCAAACGAAAUGUGGGAAAAGGCUAAGCAAUGUUGUAAUCUUUUAGAAAACUCUAAAGUUGAUUCAUAAGAUUUAAUCCGCGUUUCUCAUUUAUAUGAUUAGAUUUUAGAAAUUUUACAACCUCCAAAAUAGAAACAUGUUUACUUCAUAUCUCCUCACAAUUCAGACACAGAAAUUAAACAAAAGAAACUAGUUUAUAAUCCAGAAGCACUUAAUAAUCUAAUCAAACGUCUCAGAUCUGGAAGAGUACAAUCAUAAACUAGGUCCUUGUUUAGAUCUACAUAGAGAAUGCAAACAUCUUCAAUUGGUAAAUAGAUUCAAAAGACUGAACUAAAUGAAUAGUUAAGUGCUUAAGCUCUUAAUUUUUUAAAGUAAUUAAAAAAGAAAUAGUUGAAUAAAUGA